AUGGUGCACCGUUGGUCUGAUCUGGAGGCAGCUGGGUUUACAGGUGGGUCUAACAGUGCCAAAUAUACUGGGACUGAGACUGGAUCUGGCACUGCUAUCUCUGAGGCUACGGGAAAUGCUGCGGAUAAACUCCGUAGCAGGGUGUCUACUUGGGAUGGAUUUUGUGCGAUUUUCGGGGGCUCGGCUGCUGCGAUGGCGCCGGGCAUGGCUUUGCUUAUCUAG